GUUUUAUCUAAGAGUUCAUAUUUCAGUUUACGCAAGUUUACGCAAGUACACAUUACAUGUGUAUGAAAUAAAGAUUACAUACAGUUGUGUGGUUGAUAGUUGAAGAAAACCAGGUUCCGGCGUUCCUUCAAAUGGCAUCGUCGAAUCCCACGCUCAGCAAUCACUAUGUUCUAUCUGAGGAUAGGUCCGAAGCUUGAUGAAGCAAGAUGUCAAAUGGUUGAAUCUAUUUGAUCAAAAGGUUUUGCAAAGUAUUUUUAACCUUUAAAUCAGGGGCGUAUACAGGACCUAAACUUGGUGACGCAAAUUGGGAAAGGAUAUAAACAAUGAAAGGAAUAAAAUACCAUGGUGUGGAGUCGGUUGACAAUGAUGAAAAUCGGAUAUCAGCUUCAAAUAAAGAUAAGUCUGCAACUUUAAAUGUGAAUGCGGCAUUGUAUAUUAACGAUGCAUCAAAAGUAUCAUACGACGAUGGUAAUCAACAGAACGGAGGAAUGUCUAAGACUAAUGACUAUGUUAAUGAUAGCGCCCAUAUUAAUGGAUUAGUUACCAAGUACAAGGCGGCUAACGAUGAUAACAUUGCUAAUGAUGAUCCAGUCGAGACGAAUGGAAACAUCGCACAUGUUACUCUCACAGGUUAUGAUGAUGAUCUUCAGACUUUGGGAGAUGAAUCUAUAGACCAGAAAGGUGGUGGAAAAAGAACAGGAAGGUGGAUCAUCACAAUUCUACUCUAUUUGGCCUUUGCAGGAGUGGGGAUGAUCUCAACACUAAUCGGACCGACCUUCCUCGACCUAAAGGACCAGCUUGGGGUCGGUACAGCACAGAUGUCGCUGGUGUUUACAUUUCACUCAGGAGGGUACACUCUAGGUGGCUUAGUGGCGGUAUACUUGGCUAGCAGGCUUAACGAAACACUUCUACUUGCUGCGUUUUUGAUCAUAGGUGCAGGAUUUACCAUUGCCAUACCUUGGUUUAGUCAUCUUUGGCUUGUGCUCAUGUUCUUCAGCUUUAAUGGCAUCACGUGUGGGGUGAUCGAUACCAUUGGAAGCGCUCUCUUGAUUCUUACUUGGGGAGUCGAUGCCGGGGCGUAUCUGCAAUUCUUGUACUUCUCAUAUGGCGUCGGUUCAUUCAUCACGCCAUUAGUGUCUGGGCCUUUCAUAUCAAAUGAAAUUACAGACUUCAACAGAAGGAUCAACGCAUCGGAUAUUCUCAAUAACGAAUCAAACAGGACACAGUUUGUAUCUGGACAAGUUAAGGAUAUAAAUUAUAAAUAUAAAGAACAAACUUCUUUGGUAAAUGUACUUGAAAGAAUAGGGAAUAUGUCAGCUAUAGAGGAACCGGGAAUCAUGCUUUCAGAAAUGACAGAAUCUCACAUUGAAUUUGUCUACUUAAUUGUCGGUUUCUUUAGCAUUGUCAUUGGAGUUUUCUUUUUCUUAUUAUAUAUGCUUGCAAAAAGGACACCUGGAAGUUGUCUGCAUAGCAACGACCUUGUUGACAGCAGCUCUGAGAAUAAUGGACAGCAAAUUAAAAAGAACAACUCUCUUAUAGCUUCAAAAGAUACUCUUUAUCCUUCCUCGACCAAGUGUUUUAAAGUCCAACUAUUGAUUACAUUAUUUAUCAUGUUCUUUCUGUACGCUGCAUUCCAAAUGACGGGAGGUGGGUUAGUUAUGACGUUUUCGGUGGAGGGCUUAAAAUGGCCGAAGUCACACGGAGCAGCCAUUACAUCGGCAUACUGGGGAGCUUUCACUUUAUCCAGAUUACUUUGUGUGGGUGUUUUUGCAUCCAAAAUUCUGAGCGCCAAUCAGAUGAUCGUGAUUGACCUAACAGUUUUGACAUGUUCUUAUACCGUGCUGGUUGUUUUUGUUCAAACCCAUUACAUCGUGUUGUGGCUGACUUUGCUGUUGGCAGGGCUGGGUAUGGGGACUCUCUAUGCAUCUGUAUUACUCUUGUAUCAAAAAUAUGUAAUGCCUGUCACUGGGGUGGUAACUGGUGUCACCGUCGUGGGUGCCUCCCUCAGUGCCACUACAGUUCCACUUUUCACAGGUUUCCUCAUGGACAAAGUGCAUUUCAUGUGCUUUGCAUAUGUCCUACUAACAGCACAAAUCCUAUUGUUGCUUUUUGCUUUUUUAACUUACUUCUUGGUAAGACAAAACAGAAGAAAUUAUAAAGAAGAGAGCAGGGACUUAGACACACAAGAGAAUACCAUCUUAUAA